UUCUACUUUCGGUUCAGAGUAAGUGAAAUCGACAACCAGCACUAGACAUCUCUCUCUCUAGUAGCCAGUCUAACUAUGGACACUGCUGAAGAACUGAUUCUGUGUACUCACUGCAAUAAAGAGGUGGCAAAGGCAAACUAUGACCUCCAUGAACCACACUGUAAGAGGUUUCUGUGUAAAUGCCCUGACUGCAAUGACACUAUUCCUCGAGAUCAGCUGGAGGAGCAUAAAACCGAACAGCACGCACAGGUAAAAUGUAAGAUGUGCAAUAAAAAGAUGGAGCGAAGGCAUUUGUUGGACCACGAGAAAGACGAGUGCUCCGAAAGGCCUCAGAUCUGUGAGUUUUGUCAGCUCGAGCUUCCUCUGAGCAACCUGAAAGAGCACAAAGUGUCCUGUGGGAGUCGGACCGAGCUCUGCUCCGACUGUGGCCGGUAUGUCAAACUGGUGGACCAGCUUGAUCACGCUCAGAUCUGCUCAACUACCACUCCAACAACAUCAGAGGACCUUGUCCCUGAAGAUGAUGCAUCUGACACUGCCGAGCCGACCAUGUUGCAGUGUCAGAAUUGUCUGACAUACAUUUCCUCAGACAAACUGAAGGAUCACCAGCUGAGUUGCAACCAGAUUUCACAGAAUGCAGACGAUUCGGAUGAUGACUCGGAUGAAAAUUUCGAAGCUGGAAAUGCCAGUGCUCCAGGCGCUACGGCUGCAGAUUUCUCCUUCUCAUCAUUGCAAAAGACAAAGAGAGACAAAAAUCUUGACAUGGACCUGAAUAAGAUAAGCAGCUGUCCGCUCUGUCAUCUGGCUCUUCCUGUAAAGACACUCGAGUGGCACGAGAAAAAAUGUGAAUUAUACAAACAUCUAAACCUGGCAUGAUGGAUGGUGAAAGCAAAGCUAAAUGUGGUUGCUGAAAACUGCAAACUCAUCCAUCAUCACAAAUAAUAAUAAAGAAAAUUUAGUUGUGGAAAUACAUACUGAAGUACUUUGAAGAUACAGAGACUAAAAAAAGUUUACAAUGCUCAUGUUGUCUGAUUUUAAUUUGAUAAUAAUGUCACUUUAAAAAGUAAUGCAAAAAGCUUUGCGUUGAGUGCAGGUACUUUAUGUUUAUACUUUAUUUUCUGACUACUGCCUUUUAACCCUGUUUAUGAUUAUUAUUUGUUUAAAACUUCCUGCAUGUUAUAUCUAGACUAACCUUGUGUAGUAAAAAAUAAAAGAUAACAUAAGGCAACCAAACUAUUUGUAUGAAGUGCAUGAAAAGAUUUUGUGUCCGAUGUAUUCUGACUAAGUUAGUUCUCUCUAUGCUACCAUCCACAUACCUUUGUAUGAAAUGCUUCGAGGAUCCAGCUCUACCAGAUAAAGUUUAUGAAAAUCAGGAGAAAUCUAUGGGAAAGACAACAAACCACAAGAUGGCGGUUUCAGUCAGGAGGGCCUUUUCUUAAUAUUCCUAUCAUAUCUUUUAAUGAUUAUUACUUAAUUGAUGUAUUUAACUAAUGUUAAAAUAUAUAAAAAUGUCUUUUAAUGGUC